GGGAAUAAAGAAAGGGGACUGAAAAGUAAGCAUUCAUUGAGUUGAAAAAAUCAUAUAUUGAAGGUGAUACGUAGGCUCUGACGUCAUGAUACUGGCCAUAAAGCAGUUAUAACCAUUCUUCUAUCAUCACAUAACCAAUCCAACCAAAGGGAAAGUAAAAGGUUGAGUUGGUCUGCAACAAAUUAUGGCAAAGGUUCCAAGAAUCAAACUGGGUUCACAGGGUUUGGAAGUAUCAGGUCUGGGUUUGGGUUGCAUGGGCAUGUCCGCCGUCUACGGACCGCCAAAACCCGAACCCGACAUGAUCAACCUCAUCCACCACGCCAUCGAAGCAGGUGUCACGUUUCUCGACACCUCAGACGUCUACGGUCCCAAAACCAACGAGAUCCUCCUCGGCAAGGCUAUGAAAGGAGGGGUAAGGGAAAAAACGGAGUUAGCGACCAAAUUCGGGAUCAAUUACGAGAACGGAAACCAUGUGGUGUAUGGUGAUCCGGCGUAUGUUAGAGCUGCUUGUGAAGCUAGCUUGGAGCGGCUUGGGAUCGAUUGCAUCGAUCUCUAUUAUCAGCACCGGAUCGACACUCGUGUGCCCAUUGAAAUAACGGUAAUAAUAAAUAAUUUCUGUAUUCUAAAAAUAAGUGUUUGUAUUUCUAUUUUAGUUUGUCUCAAAAUAAGUAUAAAAUAUUUUUUGGGAUUGUUUUGUUUUCUUGCUAAGAUGGGAGAAAUGAAGAAACUGGUGGAAGAAGGGAAAAUAAAAUAUGUGGGGUUGUCGGAGGCUUCGGCUUCGACCAUAAGACGAGCCCAUGCGGUGCACCCGAUAACGGCCAUACAACUCGAGUGGUCCUUGUGGUCAAGGGAUGUUGAAGACGAAAUUAUUCCUACUUGCAGAGAACUCGGCAUCGGAAUCGUUGCAUACAGUCCUCUAGGACGGGGAUUUCUUUCAUCGGGUCCGAAGAUGACCGAGAACUUGACCGAGGGUGAUUUCCGUCAGUCUCUACCAAGGUUCCAACCAGAGAAUCUCGAGCAUAACAAAGCCUUGUACGAGCGGGUUAGUGAGAUCGCGGCUAAGAAAGGGUGCACCCCAUCGCAGCUAGCGUUGGCGUGGGUGCACCACCAGGGAACCGAUGUGGUGCCGAUUCCAGGAACCACCAAGAUCAAAAACCUUCAACAGAACAUAGGAGCUUUUUCGGUCAAACUAACACCAGAAGACAUGGAAGAACUUGAAUCGAUUGCAUCGAAUGAUGCAGCCAAGGGCGAGCGAUACAUGGACGGUUUCCCCACGUAUCUGAAAUCCGACACUCCACCGUUAUCUUCAUGGAAAGCUUAAUAAGCAAGUCCGUUACCAUGACGUUUUCAUGUGUUGUGACGGAAACAUACGACACACAAUUGUAUGUUUUGUUCUUGGUGUUCUUAUCCUAAAGACCUUUUCCACUGUG